AUGCAUAAGAAUAAUAUCACCUAUGUGUUUCUUAUUGGAUUUCAAGGUCUUCAUCAGUUCAAAAUGUUGCUGUUCUUCUCAAUGCUCAUUAUUUAUUGUCUGACUAUCUGUGGAAAUGUGCUAAUUAUUACUUUAGUUUCAUUAAGCAGGAACCUUCAUUCUCCUAUGUACAUCUUUAUUUCACAAGUGUCUUUAUCUGACAUCUUACUGACUACGGCUAUUCUUCCUAAUAUGUUCUCUAUAGUACUGCAUGAAGGAAGCACAAUGUCAUUGAAAAGUUGCAUUGCCCAAUUUUUCUUCUUCGCCAAUGUAGAAGCCUGGGAAUGUCUUCUUCUGACAGUAAUGUCUUAUGAUCGGUACCUGGCCAUCUGCAAACCAUUUCUAUAUAGCUCAACAAUGAAUGACAUGUUUUGUAUUAAAGCUAUCAUUUUUGCUUGGCUGUUGAGUUGCUUCAUGAUUAUCGUCAAUUCCAUCGCCAUGUGUAAUUUAACAUUCUGCGGAGCAAACGUCAUUGACCAUUUCUUCUGUGAUUUUACUCCUCUAAUCAAUCUUGCUUGUUCAGAUAUCUCCAUAGUUCACAUGCAGACUAUCAUAAUUACUGUUUCUGUAAUCAUUUUCCCAUUCAUUGUAAUUGUUGUGUCUUACGUCUAUAUUGUAUUAACCAUCUUACGGAUCCCAUCCAUCACGAAAAGGAAGAAAGCCUUCUCCACCUGCAGCUCUCACUUGACUGUGGUGUCCAUAUUUUAUGGAACACUUAUUUCUGUUUACGUUGUUCCACCCAGGGGACAGUUAUUAACUGUGAACAAGGUCCUUUCUCUUUUAUACACUGCUUUUACACCAAUGCUUAACCCAAUAAUAUACACUUUGAGGAACAAAGACUUCAAAGAAGCUUUUAGAAAAUAUAUAUGUUACUCCAGUUCAGUCUAA